UAGUACUUUUAAUUUUCUUCUCCACAUAGUGUACUUUUAAUUUUCUUCUCCACAUAGUUCUUUUUCCACAACAAAUUUUCUAACCAAAAUAAAGUGCACAACUAAAUUUAACUGUGUGAGUUCACGUGUAAUAACCAAAAAAAUCUCCUUCCAUUUUAUGCUUAAGCUGUCUUAGUUUAUUUUUCUUGUGGAGGAAAAUAAACUCAUGAACUUGAAUGGUUCAAGAACAAACCACUAUAUAUAGAGACUUUCUCCAAAGCAGAGGAAUUCAUCAAAUUCACUUUCCAAAUACAUCAUUCAGUUUCUUCUAUAGGUGCCCAUUUGCAGCAAUGGGGUUCUUGAAAAUCCUUCUUAUUUUCAUCUUUUGUUCUUUUCCAUGGCCUAGUAUUCAGAGUGAUAUUGAGACUUAUAUAGUCCAUGUUGAAUCCCCACAAAGCCAAAUUUCUACUCAAUCAUCAUCUAUGGAUUUAGAGAGCUAUUAUCUUUCUUUUUUGCCUAAAACUACAACAAUUAGCUCAAGUGGAAAUGAAGAGCCUGCUAGCAUGAUCUAUUCCUAUCACAAUGUGAUGAAAGGCUUUGCAGCAAGACUAACUUCAUCACAAGUGAAGGAAAUGGAGAAGAAACCGGGCUUUGUUUCUGCACAGCCUCAGAGGAUAUUGUCCUUGCACACUACUCAUACACCAAGCUUUCUUGGUUUGCAACAGAACAUGGGCUUGUGGAUGGAUUCCAAUUAUGGAAAAGGCGUGAUCAUCGGAGUUAUAGACAGUGGAAUUUUUCCUGACCAUCCUUCGUUUAGCGACGUUGGGAUGCCCCCUCCGCCUGCUAAGUGGAAGGGAGUGUGUGAGUCCAGUUUCACGAACAAGUGCAACAAGAAGCUCAUUGGAGCAAGGUCUUACCAACUUGGCAAUGGUUCCCCGAUAGACGAUAAUGGACAUGGUACUCACACAGCGAGCACAGCUGCAGGAGCCUUUGUGAAAGGUGCUAAUGUAUUUGGGAAUGCUAAUGGCACUGCAGUUGGUGUUGCCCCUCUUGCCCACAUAGCCAUAUAUAAGUCAUGCAAUUCUAACGGUAGUUGUUCUAGCAGUGAGAUUUUAGCUGCCAUGGAUGCAGCUAUAGAUGAUGGUGUAGAUAUUCUUUCAAUAUCCCUUGGUGGAGUUGCGAAACCUUUCUAUGAUGACGAAAUUGCUCUUGGGGCGUACAGUGCAACAAAAAAAGGUAUUCUAGUAAGUUGCGCUACAGGCAAUGGAGGUCCUUUCUUUGGCUCAGUAAGUAAUGCAGCCCCGUGGAUUCUCACAGUAGGCGCCAGCACGCUUGAUAGAAAGCUAAAAGCUACGGUCAAGCUUGGAAAUAGAGAGGAAUUUGAAGGAGAAACUGCUUAUCAUCCAAAGAUCUCCAACGCAACAUUCUUCACUCUAUUUGAUGCUGGAAAAAAUGCAAGUGAUGAAUUUGAAACCCCUUAUUGUAAGCAAGGGUCACUAACUGACCCUACUAUAAGAGGAAAGAUAGUCAUAUGUUUGAGCGGCGGUAGGGUUCCAAGGGUUGAUAAAGGUAAAGCCGUGAAGGAUGUUGGAGGUGUUGGCAUGAUUAUCAUCAACCAUCCACUCUACGGUGUCACUAAAUCAGCCGAUGCUCAUGUUCUUCCAGCAAUUGAUGUUUCAGCUGCAGAUGGAAAAAAAAUUCUUACCUAUAUGAACUCAACAUCAAACCCUGUUGCUACAAUCACGUUCCAAGGAACGAUAAUUGGAGAUAAAAAUGCUCCCGUGGUUGCUUCAUUUUCUUCUCGCGGACCAAGUAAAGCUAGUCCUGGCAUCUUGAAACCUGACAUAAUCGGUCCUGGUGUUAAUAUCCUUGCUGCUUGGCCUACCUCCGUGGAUGACAACAAAAAUACAAAAUCCACAUUCAAUAUAAUAUCAGGCACCUCAAUGUCUUGCCCCCACCUUAGUGGCGUAGCAGCUCUGCUGAAGAGCGCACAUCCUGACUGGUCUCCUGCUGCUAUUAAGUCUGCAAUGAUGACAACUGCGGAUACACUAAACCAUGCCAAUAAUCCAAUAUUAGAUGAAAAGAUCCUUCCUGCUGAUAUCUUUGCAAUUGGUGCUGGACAUGUUAAUCCAUCGAGAGCAAAUGAUCCAGGACUAAUUUAUGAUACUCCAUUUGAGGAUUAUGUACCUUAUUUCUGUGGUUUGAACUACACAAAUCGACAGUUAGGUAACUUGUUGCAACGCAAGGUGAAUUGCUCGGAGGUGAAAAGUAUCCCUGAAGCACAAUUAAACUAUCCUUCUUUUUCCAUAUUCAGACUUGGAUCAACUCCUGAGACAUAUAGCAGAACUGUGACCAACGUUGGUGACGCUACAUCAUCUUACAAGGUGGAGAUUGUUUUACCAAAAGAAGUUGUCGUGAAAGUUGAUCCCUCUGAGCUAAAUUUCUCUGAGUUGAAGCAGAAGUUAACAUACCAAGUGACAUUUUCCAAGGCAACCAAUAGCUCAAACAUUGCAGUUGAGGGAUUCUUGAAGUGGACUUCUAAUAGGCACUCUGUGAGAAGUCCAAUUGCAGUUGUGUUUGCCGAGUGAAACUACAAGACUAGCCAUUCUAAUGUUAAUGCUUUCGGGAUCGAAUGCACGAGUGCCUAUAGUACUCAUACAUUUGAUUAUAGUGAAAUGUUGUUUCUUUUCAGUAUGCUAGUUUUGGAUACGUGUGUUGUACGUAUAUCCCAUGUUAUUCGGUGCAAAUUUUAAAAUCACAUAAUAGUCAAUAAAAUAAUAUUUUAAGGUUAAA